AUGACCGCGUCUCCUCACCUGGAGCCCGGGCUGCUGCUGCUGCUGCCGCUGCUGCUGGCCUGCUGCCUCACACCGAGGACCGGAGCAACGGUGCCAGCAGCCCCGGUGAACGUGUCGGUGACCCAGCUGAGGGCACAUUCGGCCAUGGUGACCUGGAACGUCCCUCAGGGAGACACCGUCAUCGGAUACGCCAUCUCACAGCAGAGGCAGGACGGCCUGAUGCAGCGCUCCAUCCGAGAGGUGAACACGUCUAGUCGUUGGUGUGUGCUGUGGGACCUGGACGAGGACACACACUACAGCGUCCAGGUGCAGUCCGUCGGGCCGCACGGCGACAGCCAACCCAGCCGAGCCGUCCACUUCAGGACGCUGGAGAGGAGCGACCACUACCCAGCCGGAGUCCUGGACCACCAUGAACCGGCGAUGGAGGGUCUGGGAAUGACUCCUCACCUGCAGACCGGGGAGCUGCUCAUCAUCACCACCGUGCUGCUGCUGUGGGCAGCCGUCAUCGCCCUCUUCUGCCGGCAGUACGACAUCAUCAAAGACAACGACUCCAACGGCACCAAGGAGAAAGCCAAGAGGCCACUGGUGCGAGCCUCGUCGUCCUACUACAACGCCUCCGCCGGCAGCUCGCCCAUCUACCACAACGGAGCCGUUCGCAGCAGCAGGCUGCACAGGGCCUCGUCCUCCAUCAGCAUCAUCAGAGUCUGAGUUUGGAUGUCGGUUUGGAGACUUUGGACUCGGGACAACGAGGAACGUCGCUGGGAUUUCAACAACAGACCUGUGAGCUGGGAGUCGUAAUUUAUUGUAAAAUAUGGGCGAAGGGAGCAGCACUCGAUGCAAAUCAGAUUCAAAUGAACCACCGUGGAGUCAGUGGACGACUGCUGCCCUCUAGUGGCCGGAGAGAAACUGAACAGUGAACUGAAAACUGAUCUCCUGGUUUCUCUGAUGUCAGACAGAUUGUGAAUAUUUGCCAGCAUGUUUGCAGAGUCCUUUCAGAAGCUCCUAUGUCGCUCGGACGACGUGUUCAGCUGAUUUUCAUUCUCCUUUUACCGACUAGAAUCACACAUUUGAAUUCCUUUUUGAUGAUUAGUCCGUGUGAUUCAUUCAGCUCAGUAGUUCGAUGUACAGCACUAACAUCAGGAAGAGUUUUACACGUAGUUUCAACAUUAACUCAGUGUGUCAUUCAUGUACAGACGAACACUUGAAUGUAUGAGAUGACGACGGUGGUGGAUUUACACUGUAAGAAUUUCAGAAAUCUGUUUAAUUAAAUCAACUCAUAAUUUUAUCAUUAAUAUGUAGGAAUCACUUUACCUUUUUUUUUUUUUCGAUUCAGAACUCAGGUUCACUGCAAUCUAAAGUCCCGCACAACCAUUGCUAGAAGUAGAGGAACUUAAAUGUCUUCUGUGCAUAGAAUUUCUCUUGUUUUGUAAAAUACAUAAAGUAAAGAAACCUGGACAUAAAAAAAAUAAAUUCCGGUGACAGGUGACAGACACUGGAAAUGAAAACUGUGGCUCCACAUACUUUACAACAUCUACUAGAAGAUGUUUCACCAUGCUGAAUGUAUCUUCCAACAACUUGCUCCUCUGUA